GCUGAUUUCAGGCUGAUGGUACUGCUGCAUUGACAGGAGACCUUUUGGACAGUUUGCCAGCUGCUAUUUUUUGUAUUUCAUAAGAAAUGCGUAUAUUCCCAAAAUGACAUUGAUAAAAUGGUGUGUGCUGAUCUUGAUUCUAAAAGGUUACAGUGGAAAAGGAACUCUGGAGCACCGAGACGAUCCUAGCAAUCUGAAACAUGCAGAUAAAGGUGUGUUUGGUGCUGAUGCAGAUGAAGUGAAGUCAGUGAUGGAGGGAGAUUCUGUCACACUUCACACUCGUCUCACUCACAUACAGAGACGUGACCAGAUACUGUGGAUGUUUGGACCCCGAGACACUCGUAUAGCUGAUAUUCAUAAUCAGAAACCCAACACAUAUGAUGAAACUGGAAGAUUCAGAGACAGACUGAAGCUGGAUGGUCAGACUGGAUCUCUCACCAUCACAAACAUCACGAGCACAGACUCUGGACUUUACAAACUACUGAUCAUCAGCGACAGAGAAACGUCAGGAAAUACAUUCAAUGUUAAUGUCUAUGACCGCUUGCCCGACCUCAUCGCGAACAAGACUCAACAUCUCGACAACACUCCACCUGGUCCAGGUUUAAAUGGGACUGCCGGCAGACGUUCACACUUCUGUGUCAUCCCAGUAGCAGCCGCAGCGGUGGUGUUGGUGGUUUUGAUCGCGAUUGCUGUAACAGUCAAACGGUGGCGGAUCACUAAACAAUCAGAGGGAUGUCAGUAUUACAGCAACUAGGUCCAGAUGGUUACCAAACAGGAGAUGGUUACAUUGGAAUCACUUGAUAUGAGAGUAUGAAGAUUAAAAAGAGAAAGAUGCUGAAACAAGGUGCUGAUAGCUCCACUGAGCUCCACUGAUUGUUGCCGCUUCCAUAAACAUCGUGUUUACGCACUUUUAAAUGUAUUGUUUUGCUUAAACUUUUGUAAUUGUAAAUGUCUGAGAGCUAAAAUAAACAAUAAACGUGCUUGAAAGCACUGCAUAGUUGUGAUCUGUGGCAAGUGCGUAGCUCCCCAGUCUCUGGCUCAGCGCCUUAAAGCAUCUUUUGCCGGUUUUAUCAGUCAAGGGCUCGAGCGUACGACCACGAAGACGCUUUGAGCAUCACUUGAUCAACUGCUGCUUUUAGAUUAUUUUAAUUUAAUUUACAUGUGAAAUGUACAUCCAUGCAUGUGACGUGACCGUGUGACUUUACUGUUUUUUUAAAGAUAUAUUAUGUAUUGGGCAGAAGUCCGGCCCUCUAGCCCAUUGGGGAAAUGAAUUGCCCACCCUGUAUACCAGGGGCUGGCAACCUUUUUGACAUGGUGUGCCGUUAAUUUUUUUCUUGAUAAUCACUGUGCCAUUUCAACAUUUCCCCUUGUUUCGGUCUAUUUUUCUUUAGAGCCUGUUUCUUUUAUUAACCUCAGUAAUAAUAAAGGUGUUCGUAGUGCAUUUCAUCUUUUGCGAGUUUAUUUUGAAUGUUGCACUAUGGCAGCUAUAUGUUCACGGAAAUAAAGUAACUGAAAAUCAAAUAUGCUUUAUCAGCUAUUAUACAGUUAUUUUAGGCACUCUUUAAAUAAAAAAUGACUAAAAAUAUUGGCUGUAAUGUCACAGAAUGUCAGGCUGAAACAUAACUGCUCUUUUCAGGCUACUACUUAAACGGAGACAUUUAUUCAAGAAGAUUAUUAUAAACUGAAAACAAUUAGGCUUACGAGACACAUUUUAUGUCAGAGCGGGAUUUGGUUGACCGGUGAGCGAAAUAUUGAGCGGAGCGACACACCACUCCGCUUCGCUCACAUGCCCUGCUGCUUACACAUAACAUUAUAAUCAUUUCUGAAGAACAAUUUUAUUUUUGAGGAAAAAGCAUAAUGCAUUGAAUAUAGGCCUACACCAGCUCCUGCUACAACUCUGGACUCCACAGAGCGCCACAUUUUUCAAAAUUGUCUUUAUUAUACAAAUAAACUUCAUCACAUAGUGCAAGAUAUAUUUAUCUGUUUGGAAAUAACGGAAAAAUAGCGCAUUAAUACAGAAAGCCUUACUCAAUUCUACCACAUUAAUAGCAGACAAAGAACAAUAAUAACGGAUUUAACAACGUGAUAUACAGCCUAUUCAUUAGAUAACAUUCAAAUACCACAUACUGUCUAAUAAAAAUAACCUAAAAAUAGGCUAAGUUAAAAUUGGUCCCACUUGCAUCAGGAGUAGUCUUUGAACUUGAGCUCGCAAUACGUGUCCGGUAGCCUACAGCUGUCCCAUGCGACCCACUUUAUGGUUAAUUUGAAGUCUGACGUUAUCAUCGAGCACAUACCUGUCGGUCUUUAAAGUCUUAAACGGGUCGGGAUGGGGAAUGGACGGAGUCAUACUUUGGCAGGAGUCAUUUUCGGUGCCAAAAGGCGCCUCAGUGAUCUCUUGUUUAGUUUUAAAGUAAGUUUGAUAAAUGGCACACAAAAUUGUCUAAAACCGUAAAGCCUGGCUCAGAUUACAGGAUUCUCGGCCAGAAUUUACCCCGAUUUCCCCUCCCGAGAAUCUUUGAAAAAAUCGGGUCCAGAACCUCGAUCGGGUCCGAGAUUCGGCCCAGAUUAUCACGUAAUGUGAGGCGUUCACAGAUCGAAUCUUACACCUCCCGAUCUGC